AAAAUGUCGUUUUCUUUUUGAUGCAGUGCGUUAAUUCAACGGUAACUUCAACUGUAUAGGAGCUCUCGACAUGCUUUGUACUAUGGCAUUUUGGGAGUAUCAUCUCUUGCUGAUUAUGGUCAUAAUCGGUUUGAUUUCCUUUUUAUAUUCUUCUUAUCAACUUCUCAACUGGCUGUUCAAUCACUAUACUUGCGAGUGUGUCGAUGCACCUCCGAAUACCGCACAGAAUCCACAGCGCUCGUAUGUUGUAAAGCCCAAUCGUGAGGUCGUCGUCGUUAACGAAGAGGCUCGUCCGCUACCUUACGAGAAUUAGAAGGGCUCAUACUACAUCACCUUACUUCCAAGUGUGCCUUUUCUUUGCCAUUCUGGGAUGUUGUUACGCAUAUUUUCUCCAUACAGUUCCUUAAAUCAGAGAAGCUUGCUAACGACAG